AUGGCUAACCUAGAUGCUGGCCGGUCCCUAUCUCGACGCAACAGCAAUGUUUCUCUGGGCUUGGUCGGUGUCCCAAGCAUGCAAGAGUCGGUACAAACGGAGGAUGAGUUCGAAUUUGACAGCAAUCCCAAUGUUGACCUAAGCGCUGAUCUAGACGCUGAUCUCAACGCGCACAUCGAUGCCUUCUGUACGACAGCUGGCCUGCCGACUGGUCAGUCGUUGAAUGACUUAGAGGUCAGACCGACUCUUGCACCGUUGAAGACGAACUUCGCGCCAUCAGAUCUGUCCCAACCCUACAUCUUGACUGAACAAUAUCCAUAUGCGUACAACAAGCCAGAUCUCAGCUCAUUCUCUGUACAACAGAACCUUGCAUACCCUGAACCCUGGAGUUACUAUUUGGCUCAUGAGACACCAUACUUCGACGACUACUAUGGCGCUCUCGCUCCACCUGGGUACAUAUUUGGUACGAUGGGUCUCACCGCAUUACCCGGAAACAACGCCAUCGCUGGGUAUGGGAACGUUCAAUACCCCUCGAACCCGUAUGGAAACCCAAUCGAGUUUUGGACGCUACCUGCUAAUGUCACAGCAUUGCCUACAGUACACACAGGCUACGUGCCAGUCGAAGCAUCGUCCUACAAUGACACCACGAUGCAAUUCGCAACAUACCCUGUAAAACAACCACAAGCUGUUGCGGCAACGCAAGCCCUCACAAUCGAAACCGCUCCAUCGUUAGAAACGAACAUCAAGGCUCCUAUCUACACUGAAGAGCCUGCACAACAAGAGCAACAGGAGUCGGAUUCGGACUCGGACGAAGACUAUCGUGAUACUGAGACGAAUACUACAAUGAUAUCCAAGCGAGAGACCCGGAAGCAACCCCGCAAAGAUUCUGUAAACUCUGCCAGCACUUCCACCGCAACUCCAUCUGAACCAGUAAAGUAUCUCCCAGGCGAGAAACCUAAGAAGGUUGACGCGAAACCUUGGAUCCGUACCAACACCAACACAGAGGGUGACACACGGACUGCGAAGAUCAAUAACUGGAAGAACAACUAUGUAUACAAGCCGCUGCCACUUGGCACCUGGGGCUCUGGCAAACACACAUUCACGUACACCCAGUACGAAAACGUGGAUUUCCUAACAGAGGCACCGAUGUCUACCCGGAAAAUCAAGGAGUACAUCAUGAACUACCCAUGUGACGACCAGAAGCGUCUCGUUAUCUGGAUCCAGAAGAUGCCAGCUGACCAGGGUCGACGCUACGGAUCAAAACAGCAUUCCAAGUGCGCUUUUAGGGACUGCCCGAUCCAGCGAUACGUCGAAGGAACCAUCAGCACUGGUGAGUAUCGCGUUGCUUUCGACGAGAAACAUUACAUGUAUGGGGGGGAUGUAGACCCAUAUGACUGCGCAGCCUACGCUCAUUUAUACUGCAUGGAGCAGUUCCUUGACUUCGAGCAAGUGUGUCAAGUAGCUGAUGUACGCUUGGAUACACGCCUCGACAUGCCACUCGAGCCCAAUGGUAAAGCAGCGUUCUCCAUGGUGGAUGUUCCUGCUCGAUAUGAAUUGGAACGCUUCAUUAAGGCAGCUUCCAAGGGCAAGCUUCGACUUACACCGCGAUGGCACAACUAUCCCUUCCAUGCCGAUUACGAGCGGGAUCAGCAGAAACCUCAUGAGCGCACGCUUACAUACUUGGCUCAUUGCAUGUAUGAAGCUCACCAGGACGACUCGCACAAGAAACAGGCCGCACUCCGCCGCGUUACUGUAUCGCAGCGACGAGUGCACCUAGGCGACUUGGAGAUGAGCGUAGCAGACAAGCACAUUAUGAUUGAGGUAUUUGGAGGCAAGAAGAAGGGGCGAAAAGGCAAAGUUGAAGACCACUACAACGAGCGCAUUCGUUACCAAAUCAACCGAGCCAAACAGGAAGCUGAGGACUUCCUCAAGGAAAAGCGUCAGGGGAAGAACUCCGUUAAGAAAAGUAAGAAGCGCAAGAUCAUUGAGCACGAAGGGACUGACGACGAAGAGCCUGUGUACGAGACUGCUUAUGGUACUGAGCAACAUGCAUAUGCUACGCCAUCACGAAAGAUGCAUGCGUCUCGACACAAGAAACAGCGAAUCAACUGCGCAGAGUCUCCAAUCGACACUCAACAGCAGCAUGCUCAAACAGCAUACAUGCAGCCUCAGCCCGUCCAAGCUCCUGAGCAACAAACCCAGCAUUUCCAAACCUACAUGGCAACGAACUUCACCUACUCACCCACCCCUGCGCCAUGCCAACCUCUCAUCAACCCUGUGCUCGACACACCCUAUGGUCUCUACGCCGUCCCCGCAACCCCGAAACUCGACAUCUCAGACUUUUCAGACUUCCCAACCUGCGAAGAUGACAUCCCCGACGACAACCUGGAGAAGCUCCUCGCACUGGACCGACGCCAAUCUUGCACGGCAGAAUUUGGCCCGAUGAGCAUUCUCAAGAGCCCUGAGCUCACUCGUGGUGGAUGUACGCCGCGACGGGCUGUCUUUGGUGCUCAGCCUGUGAGCGAGAGCAAGGAGUAUGGAGCUAAUGAUCCGCCGAGCUUGAUGUCUGGUCGUCGUAGCGCGCGGAUUGCUGCGAAGGGGACGGUUGGUGAGCGGCGGAUGCGCAAACGUGCUCGGUCGUCUCGAUGAGCCUGGUUAUUAAGUGUUCAGUGUUCCUUUUUGUCAAAGCGUUAUUUGAUGGGAAAAGCAAGAUCUGUA